AUGAGUUUAUACCAAUAUUUCCCACUGGAAACCCCCGAAGAUAUACGUCUCGUCACAGUCUUGCCUGGGAAGCCCGACGAUGCCAUCGAGAUUGAGAUCGAACGGACGGCGCUUGUUGCGCCCCCUGAAAAGAUCUCACACUCUCGUGUGUCGUUAGGGGAGAUACGGAAGUCGCUACCGCCGGACUGGUGGGCUUUCGAGACGACCGGCGGCCGGAUGCUUUACCGCAAUGAUGUGAUCAAUGUCUCUUCCUGGUCUCACCCAGACUCAGAAUAUGAUUGUCCAGUUCUGGACCCCAUACCUUCCCGUAGAGCGGACCCAGCUCCGCCAGAAUAUGAAGCUCUCUCUUACACAUGGGGCCCUCCUGUAGGUCGCGGCGAUGAGAUUGUGGACGGCCUACCCGCUAAAGUCACGAGACUAGUGGUCAAAGGGAGUUCACUUUCGUCGAGGACAUCGGACCCCGAGUACCUAGAUGUCGGUCUGAACCUCUUCGAGGCGUUGAAACAUUUACGUUAUGCCGAUCAGCCCCGAACCAUCUGGGUUGAUGCCCUUUGCAUCAAUCAAGACGACGUGACCGAACGAAUCCAGCAGGUCGUCCGUAUGAGAGAUAUAUACACCCUUGCAUCCCGCGUCGUGGCCUGGCUGGGGCCAGAUUUCCCGGGCUGCAGGCUGGCCCUCUCCAUUCUCGACUAUUUGGGAGGCCAGGUCGAGGUCACCCGAGACAACCACAUCAUCACUUCCCCGGACGCCGGGAUAAACAGCACGGGCGAUUCCAUACCCAUAUUUCCACCCGCGGAGGACGGAUGGAAUGCAAUCCUUUACCUGCUGUCUCACACCUGGUUCGGAAGGCUGUGGGUACUGCAGGAGAUACAGCUAGCCAGCGACGCCUCGAUCCUCCAAUGCGGCGACAACGAGGCCUCGUGGGCCCGGUUCUGCGGCGCCGUGCGCCAUCUCAGCAGGCAGCUGAACAUCGUGCCGGCCAACGUGCUGGGCAAGGUGUACGCCGUCACGCAGAUAUGCUGCCCGACGCGGGACAUGAUCUUCGAGGACAUCCUGCACAGCCACCACACGCGCCGGUGCCAGGACGCCCGGGACAAGAUCUACGGCAUGGCGAGCCUGGCGCCGCCGGCCGUCGCACGAUCUCUCCGUGUCGACUACUCGCAGACGCCGGGCGAGGUCUACAGGCAGGCGUUCCUGGCCCACGCGCAGCGCACGAGGCGGCUGGACCUCUUCAAGUUCUGCGGCCAGCGCGUCGGGACCCCGGCGCCGUGCUCGCCGUCCUGGGUGCCCGACUGGUCGCGCGACGCCGAGCCCGGCUACCUCUUCGCCAAGUUCGCGGCGGGCAAUUCGGCGGCCAGGUUCGCGUACAGCGAUCCGGGCACGUUGGAAGUUAGCGGGCGUCUCUGCGCCACCAUCCGCGAAGUCCAGGGCCUGCACUUUGUGUCCUUCGCCGACUUCGCCAGGUAUCUCUGCAGCCUGGACCUGGACGGGAUGCAGACGUCCUUGUACCCGACGGGGGAGACCUUGCUGGACGCUUACCUGCACACGUUCACGAUGGGCAAGACGGACGAGAGGGAGCCCUGGGUGGAGUACCCGCCGCUCGCCACAUUCAGAGAGGAGAUGCUCCGGCUCCGCGAGGCCACAGACCAAGGCCUCGAGCACAGGCUGACCGCCUACUACGAGCGUGAGAUCAUCUCUGGACUUAAGCUUCGAGGAAGAUGUGGGUUUGCCACGGAUGAAGGCUAUAUCGGUGUCUGUUCGGUGGAUCUGCAGCCCGGAGACCAGGUAUUUGUCGUCCUCGGGUGCGAAGUGCCCGUAAUCGCACGACCCGACACGGCGGGCAGAUACCAGAUGAUUGGCGAGUGCUUCGUCCACGGUUUGAUGGACGGUGAGGCCCUCCUAGGCCGGUUGGAACUGCCGUACGUCAUGCGAGCCUUUGUAGAUCCGGAUGGCUUCCCCAUGAACCGGGCCUUGUGUUGCACGCUCGACUCAAAGGUGAUAGUAGCAGAGGACCCUCGCCUGCAGGACGUGCCCCUCCCCGCCGGCUGGGAAGCGGUGGAAUUCCGGAGAACGCGGGAGGACCCGAGAAAUUGCACCAGGUACCAGAACACGGUGACUGGAGAGGUGAUCAACUCUGAUCCUCGACUUACCCCAGAGGCUCUGAUAGAACGAGGGGUCGAUAUACGAACAAUCACACUGGUGUGA